AUGAAAGCCAUGUUUGAACAGCUUAUUGCUUCUCUUAACAUAUCUCCUAUAUCGAAUGAUGCCUUUCAUCGAUUAACAUCAAUUCUUAGACAACAAACUGAUGAUUCAAUAGCAUCGUUUAUAUCACAAGUCUUCGAAUCAUUACUUUUUCUUGAAAAAUGGGCAUGGCAAAAACUUAGUCAAGAAUCUGAUCAAACAUAUCAUCGAGAAAUGUUACAUGCAUUAGGAUCAUUCAAUAAACAGAUAGUUUUUAUCGAUGAUCAUGUGAAUCAUGAUGAUAAAUAUCGUCUUCUGGUUCCUGAUACAUUGGAUUCAAUUAAUCUCAUAUUUGAACAGUUUAAUAACAAUCAGAAUUCAUGCAUCGCUCUUGCCAGUAUCUGGUUUGAUAAUCUUUCGUAUUUUAUUCAAGAAUAUCCUCAAUUAGGUCGUUCUCCUGUUAUUACUCAUAUUAAUCAAUAUUUCGGACAAAGUUUACUAAUGAGUGAAUCUUAUGAAUCCUAUUUAAGUGAACUUCGACAAUCACAAUUAUCCCCAUCAAUAUUCUCGGCAAAACAACUUCUCUAUAUAAAAACAUGUUCAUUUUCUUUAAAUGUUUAUCUUCAUACGAAACCCAAGAAUUUUUGUUUAACGAUCGACGAAAUUCUGGAGAAAAUCGGAAGUCAUUAUUUGCAAAUAAUGGAAAUUCAUUGUUACAAUAUUUCAACUUGGAGCAAGGAAUUAUUAGCUUGCAUAACACAUCUAACCGGAUUGAUAGACAGUUGUUGCAGUACAAAUAAAAAAGAAGAAGAAUUAAAUCAAAUACUUUUCCCGACCGAACAAAUAUUAUUCAAUCUUAUCGAAGUAUUAAUUCGUGUUGUUUCCUAUGAACCAUUCUACAAGGAAAUUAACAAUCAACGAUCAGAGGAUGCAUCAAUGUUGGUCAAUAUUACUUUACACUUUAUAAUGAAUAUAUUGCUAACACAAAAUAUAAGUUGGUAUUUUCAGUCGACGACAAACCUAUCAGAUGCAUUGCUAUUGACAGUUAAGAACAAAUCUAUACCUUAUCAAUUUUUCUUUUAUAUAUACAGUAUAUUAGGCGAAAUUCUUAGCGAGGAAAAAUUAAAAGAAUUAAAAUUCACUGAUGACAUGGGCAAUUCAUAUUUUACUAUACUCGAACAAGCUUGGCAACAACCAUCGAAAACCUAUAAACAUCUAACAGUGUCAGUAUUGCUACGAGCUUUUCUCACACUAUCAAAAAAUGAAUUCAUUCCACAAAAAACAGCAGAUUCAAACAAAUUAUCUCUCCUUAUGGAAAUGUGUGACGAUUAUCCGAUUGUCUACGAUAUCAUAUGGGCGCUUUCAUUCAAUAAAGAUAUUGAAAAACAACUUCGUUCUAAUGCACCCUUCAUGUCUAAAUUAACUCAACUAGCUAAACAAUCAGAAAAUGAGCAAACACGUAAAACAAUCGGUGGAAUUCUAUGGAAUCUUGAUGUCAAUCACGAAAAUCGCCCAAUCACAGAUAAACAUAAGACGAAAGAAUUCGAUAUAAUGAUUAGUUACUCGCAUAAAGAAAAAGUUCUGUGUAAACAAAUCUAUGAGGAAUUGAUCAAAGCUGGCUAUCGAGUUUGGAUUGAUUUCGAUCAGAUGCAUGGAAAUGUGAUGGAUGCGAUGACGCAAGCCAUUGAACAGUCGAAUACAGUUAUUAUGUGUAUGAGUGAACAGUAUCGAAAAAGUAACUAUUGUCGAGCUGAAGCACAAUAUGCAUUUCAACGCGAACGGAAAAUAGUUCCGAUUCUUCUACAGAAACAAUAUAAACCUGAUGGAUGGCUUUUGUUUAUUAUUGGUCAAUUACUCUAUGUCGAUUUUAACAAAUAUGAAUUACCGCAUGCGAUGGAACUCUUAACGAAGGAACUCAAAGCUACAGAAACAAAUGACGAGAAUGCGUUACAUGUCAGUCCGAAAGAAAACGCUCAAACUUCCCACAUGAAGACAACCUUGUCGGUAACAUAUCCGGUAAAUAUUCUGCAAUGGACAGAAAAACAGGUUCAAGAUUGGUUAGUAGAACAUGAUCUUGUUCAAAUGUCUCGGCUUCUUAAGAAUUAUGAUGGUCGAAGUUUGAUCUAUCUUCACCGAUAUAUGAAACAUGGUCAACCACAACAAAUUUUGAAUUUACUCCAAGAAGAUUCAAUACGACGAACGGAUCAAAGUUUAUCACUAGUUGAAUUAUCACAUUUUCAUUCUUUGAUUCAUCAACGAAAACUCAUCUUUCAAUCAAGUGUGCCCAAGCGAACAACAAGAAAGGAAAAGUGCAAAGACAACAACGCCUCGUGA